AUGCCUAGUGACCUAGGAUCUUCGAAGGCUUUUGAUGAGCUAGAAGCUUUAAGGGCAGAAAACGCUGCUCUUAAGCAGCAGCUAAGUGCCCAAAACCAGCUUCCCAUGUCACUGGAAGAAUUCAAGAGAUAUGGUCGGCAAAUGAUCGUAGAAGAUACUGGGGGAGUUGCGGGACAACUCAAACUGCGCGGCAGUAAGGUUCUCGUUAUUGGUGCUGGCGGCCUCGGGUGCCCUUGUUUGCCGUAUUUAGCUGGUGCUGGUGUGGGACAAAUAGGAAUUGUAGACAAUGAUGUUGUCGAAACUUCAAAUUUGCAUAGACAAGUGCUGCACGAUUCGAGCAAAGUCGGUAUGCUAAAGUGCGAGUCUGCGAAGGAAGUCCUGCUGAAACUUAAUCCCCAUGUCACGAUCGAUACAUAUCCAGUAAGGCUCAAUUACAGCAACGCUUUCGAUAUUUUCCAACACUACGACAUUGUUCUCGAUUGCACAGAUACGCCGUUGACAAGAUACUUGAUUUCGGAUGUUGCAGUUAAUCUCAGAAUGACUGUAGUUUCCGCUUCUGGUCUUGGAUCUGAGGGCCAAUUGUCGAUCUUGAAUUUCAAAGAUGUGGGCCCUUGUUAUAGAUGCUUCUACCCCGUUCCUCCACCUCCAAACGCUGUUUCCUCCUGUCAGGAAGGGGGUGUCAUCGGUCCCUGCAUAGGUCUCGUGGGUGUGAUGAUGGCGAUCGAGACUAUUAAAAUAAUACUUGACAUCUACACAUUAGACAACUUCCAACCAUUUUUGAUGCAGUAUUCUGGAUUUCCCGUACAAACUUUACGCACCUUUAAAAUGAGAGGCAGGCAAACAUCUUGCAAAGCCUGUGGCGACAAUCGAACCAUUAGCCGAAAGGCUAUCGAGGCAGGAGAUGUUGAUUAUGAGCUCUUCUGCGGAAAAAGAAAGUAUGAUGUGUGUUCUUCGAAGGAGCGGAUUUCUGUAAAAGAAUUGGAAACCUCUUACCUGUCUCCAGGUGAGUUGAAUCACAUACUUCUCGACGUAAGACCACAUCAUCAUUACAACAUAUCACACUUGCCUAAUACUUAUAACCUGACUGUGAAAGAAUUAAGAGAUAUGGAAGGAGACAUUACACGUUUACAAAGUUGCAUUCCUACGGUUCAUCGUCAAAGUGAAGUCUUGGUUAUAUGUAGACAUGGUAACGACUCCCAGCUAGCUACCAGACUACUCAAGGACCAGUUUAACAUCACCAAUGUGAGGGAUGUUCGAGGGGGAUUCUUCAAAUACAUCGACGACAUGAACCCCUCACUUCCAAAGUAUUAA